UUAGGGUUUGCCUUCCCUGUCAAAGGACUGCAUUUAACACUUCCGGCGCACAUCCUCAAUCCCAUUUGCUUUCUACACUAUUCCAAGCUCCUUCUAAACAGAGUAGUGAUCACUGAAAAUUGAAAAAUGGUUCAGAGGCUCACGUAUCGUAAGCGUCACAGCUACGCCACUAAAUCCAAUCAGCACAGGGUCGUCAAAACCCCUGGUGGCAAGUUGGUGUAUCAGACUACAAAGAAGAGGGCGAGUGGACCAAAGUGCCCUGUUACUGGGAAGAGGAUCCAAGGGAUUCCACACCUGCGACCUGCUGAAUACAAGAGGUCUAGAUUGUCUAGGAACCGCCGGACAGUUAAUCGGGCUUAUGGAGGUGUAUUAUCUGGAGGUGCUGUUAGAGAAAGGAUAAUCCGGGCUUUCUUGGUUGAAGAGCAAAAGAUUGUGAAAAAGGUAUUGAAGAUCCAGAAGGCAAAAGAAAAGCUAGCAUCAAGGAGUUAAAUCGGUUGGUUGAUGGGGUCAUCGCUGAAAACAAAGCCUUUUGUUAAAAUAUGUAGUUGAGAAAUUUUGACUUCGGAUGUUGUCAAUUGUGAAUGUGGAACUUAAUUUGGAUUUAUAUCGUGUGUUUGCGUGUUU